GGUCCCCAACAGGUGUGUAAAAUUAGGUUUGGCUUUCUCAUCAAGCCAACCUUUGUUAUGAGGUUUGGGUUUCUCAUCAGCUAUCCUCCAACCUUCCUUUGUUGACGUCUCCUCCAAUUCCAAACUUUCCGUUGUUUAUGCCAAUCCAUCUUCAAAUUGCCAGCCAUUCUUAACAACUCACUCACUAUCAUCCAUCAUCAAUCAAUCUCGUAGAGGUGAUUUCACACGGCUGUCGAACGAGUAAGAGAAGAUGUCGUUGAGGAUAAAGGCGGUGGUGGACAAAUUCGUAGAGGAAUUGAAGGAAGCUUUAGAUGCAGACAUACAAGACAGAAUCAUGAAGGAGAGAGAGAUGCAGAGUUACAUUGAAGAGCGUGAACGAGAAGUCGCUGAACGUGAAGCCGCCUGGAAAGCUGAACUCUCUCGUCGCGAGGCAGAAAUUGCUAGACAAGAAGCAAGAUUGAAGAUGGAGAGAGAAAACCUGGAAAAAGAGAAGAGUGUUCUUAUGGGGACAGCAUCCAACCAAGAUAAUCAAGAUGGGGCUCUUGAAAUUACUGUAAGUGGUGAGAAGUACCGAUGCCUCAGGUUCUCCAAGGCCAAAAAAUGAGGUUCUGCGUAUCAAUCAAACGAAUUCGUCUUUGUCGGGUCAUUCGUUAUGUAAAUCUUGAAAUAUAAUUGUUUCAACCCGCACAUCAACUUUGUCAUGGUGGUUUCUUUUUCGAAUCCUUUGUGCUAUUUGAAAAGGGUGUUAAAUUGGUCGUG